AUGAAUGGGGUUGCAGCUCCCCUCCGCGGAUCUCAUGAUAUUGAUGGUGAAGUCAGGGCCCACCCGGACAUGGUGGCUGCGACUGAGACACGGGGUGUUGGCCAUCCUGUGGUGAGACCAGCUGCGGAUGCUACGGCAGCCUUGACAGAGCUCCGGGGUGAUGGCCCGAGAGGUCUGAAUUUGCAGACUGAUGCUGGCAGGUCAGGGCCUGCUGGUCUUGGACACCCGCAGGGUGUUGUGGUUACAGAGGUAAGAAGUGAAGGAAGUCUUCAAGGCCAAGGGGCAGGAGGGGUAUUCUCUGGAGUUCUUCGUGCUGUUCAGACGCUUCCCGCCGCGGUGGAAGGCUUGGUGAGCAGAACAAGCUCCAAUAGGGGCCUUCUAGGAACCCCGGGACUUCGGGACAGUGUCGAGUAUGCUUCUGUGACUUCAACUGCAGAGACUGGGCCGCAAUCUCGGGCGGCGGUGACAGGACAGCCUGGGCAGCAACCUCGGGCGGCAGUGACGGGACAGCCAGAAGCUCCGCUGUUUGAUGAUCACACUUUGGAGAGACUGCGCAGGAUGCAGGAGGGCGCUCCCUUACUGUAUCAGGGAGGUUUGCCAACUUCUCCAAGCCCGCCGAGACCACCGUCAACGUCGUCUAGUGAUGUCCAAGCAGAAGUGCGGCGACAGCUCAUGGAGCUCAUGGCCGUUCGUGAUGAGGAGAGUAGGCCCCGUGCAACCCGCUGA